AACAUUUUAGGGAAUUUGAGAUUUGUGUUGGAAAGGGAUUUGCCAAACCGGCGAUUGUUCCUGUUUCGAUUUCGAUAAUUUUCACCUCGCAACAUGUCGAAAACUGCAUUAUUAAUAUUAUCCGAAGGAUCAGAAGAAAUGGAAGCUGUUAUUUCAGCUGAUGUUUUAAGAAGGGCUGGAGUAAAAGUUACGAUAGCCGGUCUCCAAGGUUCAAAUCCUAUAAAAUGCAGUAGGGAUGUUGUUAUUGUGCCAGACGUCAGUCUUCAAGAGGCGGCAAAACAGACUUAUGAUGCAGUAAUUUUACCUGGAGGUCUUAAAGGAGCCGAGAGUUUAGCACAAAGUGACAUUGUUAAGGAUAUACUUCAAUCUCAAGAAAAAAGUGGUCGUCUAAUUGCAGCAAUAUGUGCAGCUCCAAUUGCCUUGAAGAGUCAUUCUAUUGGAACUGGAAAGCAGAUAACUUCUCAUCCAUGCAAACAAGCUGAGCUAUCUACAGGGGAAUACACAUAUGUUGAAAAACGUGUGGCUGUUGAUGAACAUCUGAUAACCAGUCGAGGUCCAGGAACAGCAUUUGAAUUUGCCCUGGCUAUUGUCAAGUACUUUUUUGGAAAAGAAAAGGCUGCUUCCCUUAUUAACCCAAUGUUGGUAAAUGCUGAAAUUGAAUAAAUGGCUAUAUUAAAGAA